AUGAGGGAACUACACAGGGUGAGCACCAAGGGAGCAGGCUCCACCAAGAAGCACGAGCACAAAGAGCCGGGCGUGCCAGGAGCGGGGUGUGGCCCGGGACUCGACGCGCUGCAGCGGGCGAGCGGGAAGACCCGGGGAGAGGGGGUCGGGAAGGCGCUCACCGGGGAGGGAAACCCGACCGAUAGGCCGACCGACCGUCCCGCCCCGCCCGCGGCGAGGAUGCCUGAUCGCGCGCACACCCUCAGUCCACGAAGGUCACAGCGCGCCGCCGCCACCCCCGCCCGCCCCGGCGGCCCCGGGAGCCUGGCCGGGGACCCCCGGCCAGGCCACACCGGGGACGGCCGACGCGCCCUCGGCGUCAGUCCGUCCACCUGCCCCAGAGGGGCGGGGGAUGCCCGGCGGCGAGGACACGGCGACCGGCCCGCGGGGGACAGACCGGGGACCCAACCCGCGCUCGGGCGAGCGCACCUGAGCGGGUGGGCGCGGCGGGGGGAAGAUCACGAGAGCUCCCCCUCGUCCAGCACGCGACGGCGGCGGCGGACAGGCGGCGGCGAAACGGGCAGCGGAUCGGGACCGCGGCGGGCCCGGGAAGCGAGACACACCAGGGCGCGGCCCCGGGGAGCGGCAGACGGCGAGCGGACUGAGGCGGACGGACAGACGGAGAAGGGCACCGACGGGGUGCGGCCACGCGAGGCCAACGCCACGGAACGGGCGGUGGAGGCGGGGUGGCCGCGCGCCACCGCGAGGGGCAGGGCUCAAGGCGACCCGUGGGCGGGGGAAACGCGAGUCAGCCGCCGGGGCCCACCGCGGGAUCUCACCGCCAGAGGCCUCCCAGCACAGGGGCGGUCCCACGGCACGCCCGGGACGACGGACUGGCGCCCCCGACACCCUCACGGGGGCUCACGCCCACCGCCACCGACACACACCCGAGAGCCGCAGCCGGCCGGGGAGAACGCUCUCCCGCCGCGUACCGGCGUCCCCCAUGGCCCUCACACGCGCAAUCCUGCUGUGCCAGGCUCCCCGCCCUGCCCCCUUUCUCAGGGCUCCGAGGGCACUGCUCUGCCCGGGGAGGCCACCGGCGGACGGAGGCCCAGGGACGACACCCACGUGAGGCGAGGCCGGCUCGAUCCCAGACAGGGGAAGGGAACGCUGACGGUCGCACGCGCGGGACGAGGAGGAAGGCCGGCAGCGGCGGGGACGGGCCGGAAAGCACGCACAGCGGGGGCCGUCCGGAGACCAGAGAACACCGGGACACGGCCUGGCCGCCAGGAAAACCAGCGCGGGAUCCCAACGCCACUCACACAAGAGGGCGGUCCUGAGACGCCUGGGACGCCUGCCGGUCCAGGCCAUCCCCAGAGCGGGCCCCCACGACCCGGCCCCGCCGCCAGGUCUGAUCCCGAGGCUCAACAUCCUGGGGACACGCUCUCGAGCGAGGCGGCCCAGACCGUGCCUGCACGCCGCCACCGGCUGUGCGAUAGGCUCCUCCUCACCACGGCUGCGGGACUAGGGAAGCUGGGGACGACGGGACGUCGCGCCCCCCACCCCUUCCCCCUGGGCUCACACACGGCGCACACAUGUCCCCACACUUGCAGGACGCCCGUCGGGGCCCAGCAGGACCCUCCCCCCAACUCUGGAGUGGUCAUGUAUGGAUGUUCUCUGGAGCAGCAACAUGUUGCCCAGAUUUUUUUAAAAGUCUCAGUGGCCUCCAUGCAUCUAAAGCAUAAUGGAUUGCAUUAG